AACAUACAUCCACCAGUCGCCAUUUCCUUAUUACAGAGAGUUGCCAACAGCUCCUGCCCACAGGCCGCCAACGACUCCGAGUUUCGGAAGGCCUACGAAAUAGUGGAAGUGACGUGCAAAAGAGUGUAUGAGCCGACGAUCAUAGAUAGUUGCUUCCCGAUUAUUCCGGACAUAACCUUGUACAAAUACACUUUUCCGGCUACCUUCUCUAUUCUUACAACACAACACGGCACACGACACAUAUGUAUGGCUCUUUCCUUCCGCAACCAUAAUUCACACCAAUAAAUACCUCCUCCAUCGCUCGCGCUUUCUAUAUAUACCCGAUCAUGCCUCCCGAUAACCGUGCUUCCUCCUCCAGCUCGGCCCAGACAGGCAGCAAGAAACGAUCUAUCGCCCCAAAGAGAAAUGCUAUCGCAUGUCUGAGAUGCAAAGAGCGCAAAGCGCGAUGUGUGCCAGCGCCACCAGGUUCAAGUCCAGUCCCCACAUGUACCAACUGUCUGGGCGCAAAGAAAGAAUGCAUCUACCUUGAGAGAACCCCAAAUGAGAUCUUCCUCCUCGAAUACGUCUCACAGCUGGAAUCACGUUGUGCUGCCCUUGAACUGGAGCUCCGUAAACUUAACCCCAGGUCUCAGUUUGCCGCCGAUGACAUACAUAUGCCCGAGAAAGCCAGAGAGGCUGCAGUCGAUAAGCUCAAUGCUGUAUACCCUCCCGGUCCGCUCAGGAUAGGCGAUAACGGUCUCAUGUCGGGUGGGCAAGCUGCAACUCCGAUUGUUGGUGCUGGCCCCGGGACUUCACAGAUUGUUGCCACGCCGCUCAUGAAGACUGACGAUAUAAGCACUCGCCAUGCAGGAGAUAUUAACUUGGGAAGUGGUGCUCUCACGAGUGAGUCGGAGAACGACGAAGAAGGUGAUGAAGAGGACUUCGCCUUGGGCAUUGGAAUGUUAAGUCUUGGUGGGGGUGAGGAGCCUGUCUAUGUGGGGCCAUCUUCAGGUGUUAAUUGGGCAAGGGUUUGUGCUACCGCUUUGCGACGACCACGAGAUCGUUCCCAACCAUCGCAUCUUUCUCGCUUCUCCUAUCUUGCCCCACCGGAACUUGCUUCUGUCCAGUCCGCUCUUGAAUAUACUCUCCACCACCCUACGCCUCCCCUGCCUCCUGCAGCUUUGGCCGCCCAUUAUCUCGAUCUUGUGUACGACCACGUUCAAUCCAGGUAUGGGUGUUUCGACUGGCAGGCUGUAAGACAUUGGCACGAAAAUAGGGAGGCUAUCUGCCAAGGCAGGCCGCUUUGGGGUGUAGGUACCGGCGAAGAUGAAAGAAGGAAUUUGGCAUCGUUUUUCUUAUGGUUGUGCUACGGGUACGGCGCUAGACUCAGCGAGGGAGAAAAAUUGCAGGGCGCUGUAUCUCAUGAAGUGUACUACAACGCUGCCGUUGCUUGUCUCUCGACACUUACAUCUCAUCAUUCCCUCGCGACUGUCCAGGCCCUCGCCCUCCUAACCAUUUACAGCUUCCGUCACCCUACGGCUGAAGUGUCAGUCUGGCAAGUCGGUGGUCUAUCAAUGCGGACUGCCGUGGAAUUGGGUUUACACCGCCGAACCAGGUCCAAGGCCGAAAGGGAAAAGGAUCCAAAAAGGUAUGAAAUGAAGAAGAGAGUAUUCUGGGCUGUCUAUUCCCUUGAUCGAAUGAUGUCCGCACAGCUUGGCAGGCCAUCGGGCAUCCAAGACCGCGAUAUCGACGUUGAGCUCCCACUUAAUGUUGAUGUGGACUUCAAUCAACCCAAAGUCCUUGCCGCUAUGCAGAGUCGGCAGCUUGAUAUGAUGAGUGGAAAGAGACCGGGGGAUGAGUACGCAGAUGGAUAUGGGCCUGUUACGAGCAUGACAUCGGCAAUCCAUAAUAUACGACUGAACCAGCUGAAGCAGCUGAUCCAGGAUGCUAUCUAUCGUCUUGAUAAGCCUCUCAUUCCUACCAAGAACAUUCUAACCGCUGAACGGCAGUCCAUACCCGAAGUGGACAAUCUAUUAGUUCGUCUUGAUCAAUGGCGAGCUUGUCACCCCGAUCCUCCUCCCGGUGUACAGAUUCCCUUGCUACCAAGAGAGCACUGGGAGCUCGAGUAUCAUAAUUGCGUACAGAUGUUAUUGAGGCCUAUUGUGGCAAGCCGACGGGCGCGAAGAGAGUAUGUAUCGCUGUGUUUAGAGUCAGCGGCCGCCCUCUGCGAAACUCAAUACGCUUACCUCCAACCCGCCAUUGAUCCUUCUAAACUGUCUACCUGGCGGUUCUACCGGAUCUUUUUGGCUGGCAUGACACUCCUUCAUGUGGUCACUACAUUACCCACAGACUUUUCUGAACAUGACCGACGCCGGGCGGAGAACGCCAUUCGUCAAUGUGAGAUAUCUCUUGGUGUUUGGGGUGAAAGGUUCAGGGGUGCCAAAAGACAUGAGAAGCUAUUCAAAGAGCUCGUUGCUGCAUGGGAAGCCAGAAAGAACGAUGAGUCCCAGAUUAGUACCCCCAAAGCCCUCCCGCCAAUCAUCAGUGAGCGUUCGCAGCCCAAACCCUUCCAAUCCCCUGCCCCUCAUCAUCCAACGCCUCAGUCCGAACCUCCUGUAGACAUAAUGUCGCAAUUCCUCCACAUGGUCAAUUUUCCACAUGACACGUCUAGCCGCCCAGAACAAUUGGGCAGGCAAGAACCGCCUGCUUCUAUGCAAGCUUUGUAUGCGGCGGACGUGACAUGCUCAGGAGGAGCUAGUGUCAAAAACGAAGAGUGCUCGGCACAGGCGAACAAGGCAAUGGAGUUUAAUCAACCUGGGGCUGCUGAUGGUACCAAUAUUAGUCUUCUGAAGUCUGGUUUGGGCACAAUGGUUGGCCGUUCUGUCACGGAUAUGUCAAGCCAACACCCAAAAUCCGAAGAUUGGAAGCAAUCUGGUGCCACAGUAGGUGAUAUGCAUGCCGGACAGUGGACUUCGGAUGCUUAUCUUGACAAUGACGGUGGUUUUAAUCAUGUCGUUGGAGGUGGAUUAGGCAUCAAAGAUGAUUUCUUCUCACUGUUAUCUUCAUUCGGUAUUGAUACCGAUACGCAAACCCCCCUCUGUGCGCCUGAUGGCUCGGAACCCACAUUCGACUAUUCUGCCUCUCAUCAAGCGUCUGCAACAUAUAUUCAAGAUCCUCAGUCCCAAUAUCCGUACGCCAUAGGUAACAACAAUGGGUCAGAGUGGAAUACGGGAAAUGAAGGGAUGGGCAUGCUCGACGGCACAGACUUAGGUGGGAUGAAUGCGCUCUCUUUGGGAAUGAAUUUGGGCGGUGGGAUGGGUUCGGGGAUGGGACACGAUGCGAACAUGGGCAUGAGUGACUGGGCGCUCUUUGACUGCAUUGGUAACGGUCUGGACCGAAAGCCCAACGAUAAUCAUGCAGGUGGGAACCGAGGAGGAAAUGAAAAUGCGAGUGGCGGUGAGCGUAAUUGGACCUACCAAGGGUUUUCAGCGUGAAAAGGGCAGAAAAUGAAAUAUGUAUGGUCUAGGGUGUAGGAUAGUAGUUGUAACUGAUAACUUUUGGGUCUUUUUGGAGUUUUUGACAUUUAAUUUGCAUAUGAACCCUUUUGCAAGGUUAUCUGCUGCAGUAUGCAAAAAUGUUUAGAC